AUGUCUAGCGAUUUCGCUAUCUAUAUUCGAGACAAGCUUUUCGACAGCAAAACAUCUGUAGACCAUAAAAUCUUACAUAGUGUAAACAAGAAAGGUGAAUUUGUUCUAAAGUUCUGUUUCUGGGAAUAUGACAAGAACCAUAAAACAUUAAGCAGAGAAGUCUUUAAGUUUGUCAAUGACAGACUUGUUGACAGAGAUGACGCCGAUUGGAAAGAUGAAGUCCAACAAAAGUUCUUAGAAUGCAAAGAAGACACAUGCGCUGUUCUUGAAGAUGAAAUAGAAAACAGAAUAGAAGAGCUAUUAAAGGACAAAGACCUUUUACAAAAAUAUGGUUCUGAGAA